AUGCCGCAUGUUAGCCUUGACGCCGCCGGACUUGUCGCGCUCGCUGACUUGGACAUUAUCGCUCGGCGUACUGCCCUCUCGGGCACCUCUCGGUUUGCCGACGUCCUUGUGCUCUGUCCAGGCCUUCACACUCAACAAUCAGCCAGCGAGCUGAACCGUGGGGAGUUUCCAGCAUGUGCGGCCAUGACGACUGGUUACGCCUUCCGAAUCGAGAACCCUGCAACUGUAGCUUUCCUCCAAAGCAUCGGAAGGACCGGACAGCUGAGCUGUGUCAAGGUUGAAUACGCAAAAAGCCAUAGCGAAGAAUGGACGACCAUCAAGCUCUUCUGCAGGACGGUUCCUUAUGCCUUCUGUUGUUUGCUCACAAUCUCUACCCUCAUCGUGUUCGCAUUGAUCCGAGACUGGUGGGCCGUCACCUCAGUCAGCAUCUUGGUAUUUGCACGACUGUGUAAUGUCUUUGUCGUCAAGAAACGGGUCGAAAGAGCUGGUGAAUGGAAGGGUGCUAGUGAGCCGGGCGUUCAGGGCGAUCUGCUUGUGCUUUUAAGCCAAGAUCGUUGGAUCAGGAUCCAGGGUGCUGUUGAUGAUCUCAAAGCAGUGACAUCUGGACAAUGGCUAGCCGAGAUGACCCCUCUAGAGAGUGCAGUAUCUGCCUUGGCGACAGUGUUGGUGUAUCUGGAUGCCGCACUAACGAGCAAUGCAUCUCAGCUGGGGAAGAUCAUACUUCUCGUUCUUCUGAUAGGCUCGGCUGGCUUCUUGGCCAUAGCAAAUGAGCAGACUGAAGCUCUACACAUGCAUGGUCGCGUGCUGCAAGUUCAGAAAGGGCGCAAGGCUUACGACCGAAGGCUGUCCAUGGCAAAGGAGCUCAUACAUUCUUCGGGUAGAUCCGACUGGGCCUUGAAGCUUGGCUUGGUGAAUGAAAAGGAUUGCGACGAGAAGUGCGCCAGCGCGAACUCCUCUGUCAUAAUGUAA